GGAGAGGAGACGCUGUGUGAUCACCUGGGGUGUGCCAGCUGUGCCGCUGGUCGUCGGCAGCACGCUUCUCUUCUCCAGUCUAUGCUUGUACUGGAGGGAAGGACCCAGGCAUCAGGUAAGUACGAGAGGACAAACCACAUCCUGGGUUAAAGGGGGGAGUAGGGGGCUGCGAGUGGUCAGGUAUAGAAUGGGGCUCGGAAAGAAGAGAAAUGUGUCCAAACGAAGGCAAUUCUGAGCUCCUGCCUAUUGAAAAUGCUGAGUUAUUUCACUUCUGCAAGAUGUAAUCUGUACCUCGCAGCUCCUGUUUGCUGUUACUGUUUAAGAGUUGCCAAUGAGACGGAGCCGGAUAAUGGGCUUCUGCUGCAGCAGAAACGCCAGCGUAAAUAAUUAACUUGCUAAUUAGUAGACACUGCUCUAAUGAAAGAGAAUUUUUACAACAGAUGAUUUGUAUCGCAUCAAACCCUGCGUUCUAGAAGUGGCCAUUCAUAUUGGGCUUUUUUCCCCUGCUGGGUGUUAGCGCAGUGGUGAGGAUUAAUCACUCUGCUAUGUGGCAGAGCUGCUCUCUACCAGGAGAUCCCAGGAGCGGAGGCUUUGGCUUGAGGAAAAUCCCAUCCAAGUUCUGCAAAGUGUAUUUUGGAAAUAAAGGCUGGAGUUUAAUUAAAAAAAACAACAACAACAAACGAUGCACUUUUAUUUUCUUAUUUCUUUUUUUUUCCCCACUAAAUGGGGUCAUGCAGCCUGAUUGCCUCGCCCAUCUGUUGCCAUUCAUAAGUGUGUUAUUUUUUUAAAGGGCAAUGGUAUUAUGUGGCUACCUACUUCUGUCUGCCUCUUGGCUUGUCAAGCGCUGUCGUUAUAAUAUCGACCAUUGUUCUUAAAACAGAAUUUUGGUUAAAACAGUAUAUACCUGCCAUCUGGCUGAAAAAAUGUAAGCUUCCUACACAGCUAAGGAGUUGUGCUGCGAUAUUAGGAAUAGCUCGUGUUCUCUUGAAAAUAGCAGCUGAUGGCAGGUUGCAGAAAUCAGCUAGUUAUCAGUUGUCAUUAAGCUAUUUGAUAUCUGACACGUAUGGAAAACAUGCUAUUUAUAAGUAUGCCAUUAUGUCGUAAAACUAUUCCUCUCUUAUUCUUUUGCCCUUCGCUUGUUUCAGUGUGUCUGUCGCUCUGGGCUGGAAAGCAAAGUCCUCCUCAGUAUCAUAGAACCACAGAAUCAUUUGAGCUGGGAGGGACCCCUAAGGGCCAUGUGGUCCAACUCCCUGCAGUGAACAGGUUGUUCACGGCUCCAUCAGCUGCUCAGAGCCCCUCCAGCCUGACUUUGAGUGUCACCAGAGAGGGGGCAUCCAUCACCUCGCUGGGCAACCUGUGCCCUUUCCCCUUGUCCUGUCACAGCAGACCUUGCUGAAGAGUCUGCCCCCUUCUUUCUAACAGCCCUUUUAGAUCCUGGUAUGGAAUAGAUGCGCUGCAGGCUGAAGGUGUGCUGGGCUGUGUGCAGCACUCCUGCCAUUGCUGAGAGGAGAGACCUCUUUGGUGUGUUUGUGGUAGAACUGUAAGUAUCUGAUAGUAAACCUCGGUCACAAAGAGCCCGUGAGAGAGAAAGAUGUGGAACCAACUGGUAGGAGAUUGCACAGUUAGAAAUUGCAAUGCAAAGGAUGCAUUUUUCUCGAGUUGUUCUGCUAGUGGAAAAGAGCUCAAGUCUUAGAAGCAACCAAUGCUACAGAAAAAUAGCCAGGAACUCUGCAGGCAUAAUUAUUUGCUUGACCUGCACAACUCACUGAGGACUGUCAGUGCUAUAGGCCAGUCAUUAACAUGAGAGCUUAAUAAUAACCACCAAGCAACGAUUUUGCCUCUGUGUACAGGGCAGGACAGAGCAUGCUGCUGGGGGAGGCGGCGUGGUGUAGUGAUGGCCUGGUCCCUUGUAGUGUAUUUUGAGGGAAACUAUUUGCAGAGAAGGCAAAGAGGAAGAGCGUUAAGUAUCACUUCUACAAGCGGAGACGUGAAUAAUGAGAGAGCCAAGGGAGGAUGGGCUGCAGUAAAGACUUCUGUACUAAACAAUGGUAUGAGGAGCUAUCAUUUUCAUGUGGGCUGGGUGUUAGGCCACGUUAAAUAUGCUUCAGUGACACUGAAAUCUUGUGAGCACAUCCUGCGUGACUUGGUUAUAAAUGCUGCAAAUAUAGCUGGUUACUCUUGACUCUGUUAAGCCAGAAGUGUUGCGAGAACCAUGAGGAGUUGUUAUCCCUAGCAGUGACCUCCAGGAUCUCCUUUCCUAUUUGAGGGCUUUGUUCCAUCUUGGCUGGUAAAUGAAGCUCUUUGCUAGGUUUUUCAGCUCAGUCUCAGUCAGGUCUGAAUCUGUGGGCUCAAACCCAAACCCUCCUGGAUUUUCAAAUGAGGUCUGCCCUGAGAUUGCGGUCGGAAAAGGUGUUUGUCAUUUGGCUUUUAAAAGUUGUCUCUCUCACAGCAAUCCAUCCAUGGUGAAGAUGCAGUCAGCUUUAUAAUUACAGGAUUUAAGGUGUUGGAACCAUCACAGUUAUGUUCUAACAGAAAAUUGGGUCACAAUACUGAAGGUCAGAGGUUGCGAUUCCUCACCAGAAGAAUAUUUGGAAGCUUUAUUACAAACACUAACUGUGUCUGCUUUCCUUUGGGCUCUUGGAGACCUUUGGUGGCUAUCAAAGCAGCUGCAACAAGCUCAGCAUUUCGGUAGUUUCACAGCUGCUUCUGCCAUAGGCAACCCGAGGGCUGGUGCAGAGGGAAGUGUGCAGGAGAGGGCAGUGCCCAAGGCGAGGGCAGCUCUCUGUGGUGGCACACGGGGACGGAGAGCCCUGUAGAAGGAGGAGUGCAUCUGACUGAUUGCUUGGGGCAGUUUGGCAGCAAAACUUUCUCUUUGCACUCGCCUCCCCAGUGGCUGACAGUUAUUUGCAAUUCCUGGCUGCUUAUUCCCUAGUGUAGCUGCUAACCACCUGUCUGCCCGGUGCAUUCCUCCUCCCACCCCGCCAUCAACACACCCCGUUCUCUCGCUUGCUUGGCGGCCGACAGCAGUGAAUUUUCUGCUCAGGUCUGUCCAUCAGCUCCAACCAUCCCAGGCCAUUACAGCUCCCCGGCUCUGGCAAAAGGUGAUGUAUCACCAAUCAGCAUGUCUCCCAUCAGUCAGUCACAGUUUAUUCCACUUGGGGAAAUCCUUUGCCUGGCCAUCUCAGCAAUGAACUCUGCCCGAAAACAAGUCACACAAGAAGCACUAAUGGAGCACCUAACAACCUGCUUCCCAGGGGUUCCAACACCCAGUCCAGAAAUCCUUCGACAUACCUUGAAUAUGCUUGUACGGGAGAGGAAAAUAUACCCAACUCCAGAUGGUUAUUUCAUUGUAACCCCACAGACUUACUUUAUAACACCAUCUCUCAUAAGAACUAACAGUAAAUGGUACCAUUUGGAUGAGAGGAUACCUGACAGGUCUCAAUGUACCUCUCCGCAACAAGGAACUAUCACUCCCUCCACCUCGGGAUGCGUCAGGGAUCGAACACUACCCAAAAACCACUGCGACUCCUGCCACUGUUGCAGAGAAGAUAUGCACAGCAUGCAUGCAUCUACCCUACAGAGGAAGUCAGCAAAAGACUGUAAAGACUCAUACUGUCCUCCUUCAUUAUGCCAGGUCCCACCCACUGAGAAAAGUAAAAGUACUGUCAAUUUUUCUUAUAAGGCAGAGACGCUCACAAAGCCUAAGGAUGUAGAAAAGCAGUCUAAGAAAUUUGGACUCAAAUUAUUCCGAUUAAGUUUUAAGAAGGACAAGACAAAACAGUUGGCAAAUUUCUCUGCCCAGUUUCCUCCCGAGGAGUGGCCACUGAGAGACGAGGACACCCCUACCACUAUACCUAGAGAGGUAGAAAUGGAGAUUAUCAGGCGCAUUAACCCAGAUUUGACUGUGGAAAAUGUCAUGAGGCACACUGCACUAAUGAAGAAACUUGAAGAAGAAAAAGCUCAACGAAGCAAAGCGGGAUCUUCAGCUCACCACAGUGGACGAAGUAAAAAAAGUAGGAAUCACAGAAAGUCUCAUGGGAAAUCGAGGUCACACAGCAAGACUCGGGUAUCCAAAGGAGAUCCAUCAGAUGGCUCUCAUUUGGAUAUACCUGCUGAAAGAGAGUAUGAGUUCUAUGAUCCCUUGACUCGAUCCCCACGGGAAGGCUGUUUCAUAAUAGAACACAAGGGAGAUAAUUUUAUAAUGCACAGCAACCCUAGCAUGAUUGAAUCUCACUUUCCCAUGACACCAGAAUGGGAUGUGUCUGGUGAGCUGGCCAAAAGAAGAACUGAAAUGCCUUUUCCCGAACCUUCCAGGGGAAGCUCCCACUCUAAGGUCCAUCGGAGCCACAGCCAUACGCAGGAUAGACGAUCAAGGAAUGAGCGGUCUAGUAAGGCUAAAGAAAGGUCUAGAUCCAUGGAUAACUCCAAGGGACCUCUGGGCUCGGCUACUUUAGGCACACCUGAAGACAUGGGUGAAGGCUGUAGCCCAGAUGACCAAACAACUAGCCAAACUUACAUUGAUGACAGUACUUUAAGGCCAUCUCAAUCACUCAGUCAUCAAAGGGCUCUGAUUUCAUCUGCAGGCUACAAAGAGACCUGCAUCCCUGAAAUAGCUAGUGGCAGUGUAGAAACCCCCAGCUCCUGUAGUCUGUUGGAACAAAAGCCUACGGAGAAUUUGCCAUCGUAUAGUGAGCUCAACUCCUGCACAACAAAAUCUGCAGUCGAUGACUAUUUCCAGUGCAACACGUCCAGUGAGACUGUACUUACUGCUCCGUCACCACUGGGAAAGAACAAAGAGGAUCAUGACACGCUGACAGGGACAGAUGGGCUCAAAAAAAUGACUCCCUCAGAAAGACAGUCUCAGCAUGUUGCCAGGGAUCCUGGGGUGCACAAAGAGGAGUCCCCAAAGGGCCCAAGUGGCAGUUCGGCAGUUGUUGGCCAGACUCCAGAGGUGAUUGCAAAUGGACGGCUGGUUCAACACCACAGUGCUGAAUCGAGCAGCCUUGAUAAAAGGAAAGAAAUAUUUAGCAAGGAUACGCUCUUCAAACCUCUGCACAACACUCUUUCUGUGAAUAGUUUCCAUAAGUCUAGCACACCCCUGCUAAAGCCCCAUCAGAAGACCCCUUCUGACACGUUGCCAGUCAGAUGUGAGAAACUUGAACAAGCGAUAGUAACCUCAGUCACACAAGUCAUGCCUGUCUCACAGAGACAGCAAGAGACUGCUGGGAACCAGGAGGCCUCGUUCGACUACUACAACGUAUCAGAUGACGAUGACUCGGAGGAGGGAACCAACAAAAAUGCCGAGGAAGAGAAGAACAGGGAUGAUGUUGGCACAAUGCAGUGGCUCCUGGAGAGGGAAAAAGAGAGAGAUCUGCAAAGAAAGUUUGAAAAGAAUCUCACUCUUCUCACCCCAAAAGAAACUGAAAAUAGCAACAACCAGAGAGCCACCCACUCGGCCCGCCUGGACAGCAUGGACAGCAGCAGCAUUACUGUGGACAGCGGGUUCAACUCUCCACGUACUCGGGAGAGCCUGGCAUCCAACACUUCGAGCAUUGUUGAAAGCAACAGACGUCAGAACCCUGCUCUGAGCCCUGCACACGGCGGUGUGGGCCCAGCGUUCAGCUUCCGAGCCGCCGCAGACCCGCCGACAAGCGAAGCUGAGAAACUGCAGAAACCAGCUAACUGCCUGCAAGCUUCUGUCACUAGUGUCUGAUAGUCAGCCUGCCUCAGAAUUUCUGUCUUAUCCCGUACAGAAAAGUUUACGACACUGGGACUGAUGUUUACAUCUUUGGAGAGAAAAAAAAAAAAAAAAAAAAGCAUCUCAACCACAGUUUUAGUGUUUACUUAAACUGUGCUGCUAUGUAGACUAGGGGCAACGAAUAAAUCUUUCUUUCGAGGUAUUGCUUUUCACAUUUGCGGCUCUGUAGCAACAGAAUAGCAGUAGGGAUAAUAUGUACACUUUUUGCUUCACUUAAUUGUAACUGAGCACAUAUAUGAAAGUCUAGACACUGUAAGUGUAAUCUGCAUUUUCUAUGUCCAUGCAGUUGCCAACUUCAUUUAAAAAAAAAAUGCCACAGAUGUGUGAUGCCCCUGGUCAGAAGCUAAACUCUGCUGCAGGGUUGGUUUCCUUCAAAAAUUGAGCCAGUGCUGAAAGUGACCGGCCAGGAUCACCGCGAGGAGAAACGAUACCAAACGUGACGAGUGAUGACCUCGGCUCUGUCUGUGAAUUAUCAGUACCGAUCAGUCAUUUUCACUGUGCGUUUUUGUGACACAAUUUUGCAAAUUCCUGUUGAAGUGAAUAAGGAGAGGUUCUUUUAUUUAGAGCGUGGAGGGUGGGGAGGGAGACGGCUUUCCCUUUUGUGUUUCAGAAGUAUGAGAGAUGUUGGUGUACUGAAGCUCGCUGCGUGACCUUCUGCAGUCACAAAUGGGGAGGUAGGCCUUUGCGUAGAGGGGGGAAUGGGGAGGGAAGGGAAAGUUAUAACUGUCGUAGAGUUGCAGUGCGGAGUGACACAAAAUAUAGGAAAUAUCUUUGGUUUACGUCAAGUGUUUUAAAAAGAUAAUCUGAUUCUCGUGUCACUGCUGGUAUUGCAACUUGCCAUGAACGCAAAAACCAGAAAAAAAUCUGAUUUCUUUGAACAAAAAUAUUCUUUAUGAUAUAAAUGACAAGUAUGGCCUGAAGAACUGAUUUCUUUCUAGUGGAAGGACAUAAAUCUAUUUUAUGUAGCUUAUUAAAUAGAGUGCCUAAAUUAGGCUAUUAAAAAUAGCAUACAGUGUAGUGAUUAUCAGAGAACAAAAUUUAGAGAAUUAUAAACUUCUGGCCUUUUUAUUCAAUGGAUGUUAUUUGCAAUUUAGCAUUUUAUGGACAUGUUUAGUUUCUAGAAAUUAAAUGUGUCUGUAUGGUGGGCAGUAGAAAACUGAGUUCUGUAGGUAUGGUUUAUCCUGAUUGCUCUCCCCGAAACUGUUACUCCAGAGUAAUUCUUACCAUGCUAAUUACUGCAGAGUAACUUCUAAAGAUAGUUGAACUUCAAGAAUAAUUUAGAGGUGUAGGGUCACAUUCUGCUCUGUUCCUCAUGCAACCUGGUAGUGCAACAAACUGACUUCAAAAUUAAUUCUACCUUCGUUUUCUGUCAGAACACAGAAAUUGGUGGAAGAAUAACAAAGAUAUUAAAACGUUCAGCAGUCCAAACUGUUGAAUAGAAAAGGGACAUUUCCACUGUCUAGCUCCUGUAGUACACAGGUAUUAAAACCAACUGUACAGACGGGGAACCAGUAUUUUCAUCAGGUUCUGGUGACAUGUAUUACUCUGUACGCAAAGUCAUUUGAGCUUCACUCAUGUUCUAUAUUCUCAUCAGAAGUGUUCACUGAAGGUUCAGCCUUAUGUUAUGCAGUUGGAUAUAAGUUCAUUUGCUUACUAGCCGACUUUCUAACCAGACACGAUCAGUUUCUAAUUCUGUCAAGAACAUCUCUAGUACCCAGUAAAUGCACAGGUCUGCUUUCCUUGGUUUCAAUGUACAAAUUCUAUUUCAUAGGAGCAAUAAGACGUUUUGGUGCACAUGAAGGAAAUUAUUGUGCUUUUGGUUGGUUAUCAAAGUCACUUGGCCUUUAGCCUUCUGCCUUAUCAUACCUUCCAAGAUGUGCUCUAAUGACCAUAUAGCGCUUUGCAUGACGCAUCUGAUUAUUCAAUAUGUAACUCCAGCCGCGCUUACUCCAUGCAAACUGUAGAGUUUUUGUGGGGAGUUGUCAUAUACUAUGCAGUGGCUGACUGCGAUUUUGUUUUCUGAGACAAGCUCUGACAUCGGUAGUAUGUAUCCAUUCAGUAAAUAAAAAUGUCAAAACUUAAAAAAAAAUUAUAAUAAUUACAACCAAUGAUCUGAAGUACCAAUGGCAGUAUUAGAAUGUGAAGAGCAAAAACAAAUUUUAUCUUUUGGAGAAGUGUUUUUCAUAAACUGAUCAGAACUUAUGCAGGCAGCUGGUUGUACAGAAGAGAUAAUUCCAACAAAACAUGACAGUACAUACCUACAAACUGUGUAGUAUGUAGUUUCCUAACGUUCCCGGAGACCAGCAGACAACAUAAAUGUCAUAUUAAUGUUGACGUGGCAUUGUACCAAUAUUAAUGUGACUCUUGGAAUAUGGAAUGUAAACAGAAGUUUCAAAUAGAAACGUUCUAAUCUUGAAUUCCUUUUUUUUUCUUUCUUUCUUUCUUUUUUCUUUUUUUCUUUAAAAAUUAACAAUGGAAUAUAAGGAAAUUCCAUCUUGAGGUUCUGGUAACAAAACCACGAGAGUGGAGCUUGAGUGCUUUAUGUCACCCUAAUCCUUUGAUGAAAUCAUAGCCUUGUAUUACAUGGUUGCUUAUCUAUCAUUCUUCUAAUGUAUCGAUUUAAAGGUUUACAGAGUUAGAUUAGGUUGAAUCUGUGUUGUGUUCAACUGUAAAGGGUCAACACAAAUCUGUCGGCAUUUUGCACACUUGAUAUGUAUUAUUAUAAUACAACAUGUUACUUUUAUGGUAAUUUUUUUUACACAUAUAACUACCUCCAUGAAUUUGAUGAAAUGCAGCAACAUAAAAGCGUAUUGUACAAAGCAAGGUUAAAAACUUUGAAGCAUUAGCUCAUGGCGUUCUCUUGUGUGUCAAUGCUUGCGUAUGAAGUCAUCGUGUUUCCAUUGCCACAAUUUCCUUUUACAAUAUUAAAAAUCUGUCCUUCAGAUGAGUCAUGUAAGACUUUGACAAGGCUGCAUAAUUGGGAUAACAGUGAAAAGGGAGGCUGAACCCUCCCCUCCUCUCCCCAGUUACUGCUACAAUUUCUGCCUGGUAGAACUUGAAAAUGUGUAUGUAACUGAGCAAAUUAGGAACAUCUACAGUCUGUGAAAUAUGAUUGAUGGUGUGGGGUUUUAAGGGAAGACGCUCCGGGUAUUUUCUCGCCAGCCUGCAAAUACGCUGGGCCCUAUUCUGCCUCUGUUUUUGCCAGCAGGUCAGGUCAUGGUUUCUUGGAACUGGUAAGGGUUAGAACAAGCGAUACACGCUCUGGUUUCUGGAGUGUGUGGACCGCUCACUCCUGUAGAAAUGACCAGCAGCUCUUAGUUGACUUUGCUGGGAGCAGCAUUAGGGACCCUGCUCAAGGUAUGUUCCUGUUGUUCUAAGAACGUGGGCAGGUUUCCAAGAAAAAUGAAGCUGGCCUUUGAAAAGUAGCCGGUUGCAACAAGCCACCUUUCAGGAGGGAAAAAAGAAAGAUUCCCCAGAAACCAAAGGAAGAAAGUGGCAGCUGAACUUAAGCAGAUCAUAUUUAUAUACAAGCCCCGAUUUGUGAACACCUCUUUCAGCAAACCUAGUACCAUUAUCCCGAUGCAAGUUAAUAUACUAUCAUCAGUGGAACUAAUUUAGCUAUUAAAAUAGUUCAGUUAAAAAGCAUAAGAGGUCAUCCAUUUAACUCCUUGCAUCAUUGUAAAACGUCCGUAAAACAAGCAGCGAUGCUCGCUCAACUUUAAAACGUAUCAGGAAACAAAUAUUGUAAUGAAAACCAUGGCCUAGUGCUUGCCAGAGCAGUUGUUCUUAUAGCAGAGAAUGAGGAAGCCAAGGUCAUGCUUUGCACCCAGAUCAUGCCUUCUGGCCCUGGAGCCCUCCAUUUGGUUCAGCCAGGGCAGGCAGGUGGGUGGCACUGUCCCCAUCUCGUGUCAGGGCACGCUGAAAAAUAAAACAAAGAAAGGCUGAAAUCUGUGGACAGAAUUAUUAACCAGUUUCCUUCAUUCUCUUCAAAAGUCAUUCAAGUAAAGUUUCAUAGUUAACCAAAGUGUUGAUACUCUGAAGUUUUCACGCGGUCGGUUUAAGGGAGGAGCUACUCUGCGGUCCUGCGGGGACUCUCAGGCGAGCAGUGCCAAACAGGUUCCAGUCACACAAGUACUGCCAGCACAGGUUCUAGGAACAGGUUUUUUAAUUAAAAAUGUGUUUUUUCGAAUACAUUUCCCGGAGCUUUUCCUAAACACAGUUGUUCAAGUUGUGCUGAGGAAGCAAAUAGCACUCCUGAUCUGGUGUCACCCGCACAGUUUACAAUUCUCUUUGCUCUUCUGAAGAAAGCUGUACAGUAUUAAGAGAGAAAAGUUCUAUUUUUUACAUAAUUCUUUAAAAGAAAACAAAGUAUAUAUCUAAAGCGUUCCCCCCCAACAUAAGUAAAGUACAUGGAUACUGCAUCAGAGAGCUGCGUGGCACGCAGGACCCAACUAAAGCCAGGCUGGUGCUAGAGGAAUCCAGGACUCGCGCUUCUCGUAGCGGCUCCGAGCGUUGGUUGCAGCCCCACAGUGUAAAUCUGGCGGUCACUCCCCGCUUCCCCCCUCUUGCAGAGAGCGGAAUUGCUCGCUAACUCCAUUGAAGCUCAGUUCUGAGCUGAGGAUUUCCGUGUUCCUCCCCCCCAAGACACUAAGGGCAGAGAAGGAGCAGAAGGCCGCACGCACACGCCCGGAGCUGGAAGAGAUCCCUGGCGGGGGGCAGCAGCCCCGUGCCCGGCCCAGCUGCGGGGAGAGCUGGCAUAGGGGAUUACCUUGGUGUGUGGAGGAGACGUGUGCUGAAAGGGAUGGUAAUUCUGCAGGUAACUUCCUGUGAGUGACUGAAUGUGGCUGUUGCAUUAGGUCUAAAUGAGUUAAUAAAUGCAAGUGGGACUUACUGUAUGUUAGAAGGGAGUUUUGCAGCCAAGACUGCCUUGUAUAAAUGUGUUUGCACUGAAAAAAAAAAAAAAAUUAAAAAUUACUUGGUCUCUGGUUGCUGUAAAGGUCAUCCAAGAUGGAUGUUCUGUUUAUAUUGUAUAGUAUUUCAUAUGAAAUAAUUACGGUUCAUGAAAUGUCUUCCCUAACGUUACUGAUUUAUAACAGCACAUUUGUAACAUGGUUUUUAUUGUGUCAGUGUACCAUAUUGUAAAUGAUGAUAACUUGUCAUGCUUAGUAUAAUAAUUUAAAGGAAAAAAGGACAGGGAUUUUUGUAAGUCUAUAUUUGAAAGUCCCUCCAUAUGGUAAUAUUGUGUUCAUGUUGUUUAUGUAGUGUUGUGUGAAAUAUCCAUUUUGGAUUGUGUUACUUUUUAAGAUAUUAAAUAACAUUUGGUUAUA